UUCAGCCGCGAUGCUGUGAGCGCGACGACCAGCAGCCUCAGCAGCAGCAUCCCGGCAGCAGCCAAUAGGAGGGCGCCGCCUCUCUGCCGACAUCCAACCCCGAAUAACUGCAGAUGCCCGCAUCAAAGCAGCGGCUCUCCCUCCCUCUCUCCGCGUCUCUCCAUCUGGCAGGUCCACACAGCCGAGGGUAUAAGCUGCUAUUUUUGGAAUACAAAGUGGCCAUUUUUUGCUUCUUCCCCGCUCGGCCUCUUGGUGCUGCGCGCCCGUUUGUGUCGACGAAGAGCGAUAUGUGCGGUUUUUAUUUACGUCCGAUGGAGGUUCGUCCGAGCUGCGAGCAUCCUAGAGGGACGUCGAUCGCCGUGUCGGUCGGCCUGUAGAAUUGUCUGUUUCUCAAUGGAAGACGUCUCCCUGCUCGCUGCGAGCGAAGGCGUCGAGUGCAUUUCGCGUUUGCUCCGCAUCUGCAUUCCCAUCGACGAGCCGAAGGGCUUCCUAUAAAGGCGGCGCGCCGAGACACCGACCUGCCCGCUCCUGUAACAUCGGGGCUCUUAUAUAAUCCGCGUUCGCUCUCCGGACCCCUGACGUCUUGUGCUGGCGGUGCGGGAAUCGAGCAGAACGGAUGGAAAGCCCCCUUUUCACGUUUUGACCGCAUUUGCCCAGCAGCAAGGGGGCCGGUGGGUGGGGAGGGGGUCAAGGUGUGAUACAUGGAUCCCACAAGACGAGUCCAUUGAUUCGAAGGUUUGACUUUCUCCAAAAGUGAGACAUUUGGAUCCUCUCAAAGAUUCAAACAGUCUUCCCCUUACCGCCUCCCACCACCCUUUCUGAGACCCACUGGUAACCCUCGUGCAGACAUCAUGGGUACGGUGCUGUCUCUGUCUCCCAGCUACCGCAAGGCGGUGCUGUUUGAGGACGGCCCUGCCGCGGUCGGCCACUAUACGGCAGUCCAGAACAGCAAGAACGCCAAGGAUGCCGCCGCGGCAGCUGGAAAAUCCCUCAAACGCCCCUCCAUUAUCAGUGUGUUGCCAUGGAAACGCAUUGUGGCUGUAUCGGCAAAGAGGAAGGGGUCCAAGAAGUUGCAGGCGGAUGGCGGGGACGGUGGGAAAGGGAGCUCCCCGGAUGGCGACGCCUUGGCCACGGCCACCUCAGCCUCCAGCAGCCUGAAGCUGAAGAAGUCUCAGUCCUGUGCUAACCUUUCAUCUUACACCUCUGCCCAGGACCCCUCGACCACUACCACCACUACCUCCUCCCUACUGCCAAUCUCCAAGACCUUGGCUAAUGUAGCUACUGUUGCUGCCAAAAAUACUUCCCUGACCGGCUCCGGGGUCCAGCCAGCGACCGCAACCGGCACACCCAAACGUGUCAUUGUCCAGGCUUCCACCAGCGAACUGAUGCGCAGCCUGGGCGAGUUCCUGUGCCGUCGGUGCUACAGACUGAAGCGUCUCUCUCCCACAGAUCCGGUGCUGUGGCUGCGCAGCGUUGACCGCUCCCUCCUCCUGCAGGGCUGGCAGGAUCAGGGCUUCAUCACUCCGGCCAACGUGGUCUUCCUCUACAUGCUGUGCCGAGACGUGGUCUCAUCCGAGUUGGCUUCAGAGCGUGAGCUGCAGGCUUCGCUUCUCACCUGCCUCUACCUGUCUUACUCCUACAUGGGCAACGAGAUCUCCUACCCGCUGAAGCCCUUUCUGGUCGAGGCGGAGAAGGAAGCCUUCUGGGACCGCUGCCUUGACAUCAUCAACCGCAUGAGCGGCAAGAUGCUCCAGAUCAACACCGACCCACACUACUUUACCCAGGUGUUUGCUGACCUCAAGAACGAAAGCAAGAAGGAGGAGGAGAAGACCAAACUCCUCAUAGGCCUUGACCGAUAAAAGGGAGCAGGGAGGGGAAACGGAAAGCUGGAUGGACAGAAGAUUGACAGAGUUCGUGGGUUGAGUAGUCGUGUAAAGCAGCGUAGCGACACAAUGAAGCAGUGCUGUUGUCUGGCGUCUGUACUAGUUUAUCAUGAACCAAAUUUCCUGUUUUGCAAAGUAGAACAAAGAGCUUUUGGGAUUCAGCCCAGCGUUUUCACUUGAUAUUGGUCAGUAUCCAAACAAGGGAUGAAACUGAUUUAUGUGUAAAAAGAGGCAGUCACACAGGCUCCUUUUACCAUAACAAAACAAAUUAAAUUAGGGUCGCUGUGUGGUGUGGCCACUCCAUCAUUAGCCACAUUAUUGGUCGUGAUUGCAUCUGAUUAGAUCCUAGAGCUUUGAAGACCACUUGUUUAUAUCCAACAGCUGGUGCACAUGACUCAGUAAGUGACAAUAACAAGCUUUAAUGCAGAGAUAUGAUCACUGGACCAACGUUCUAUUAAAGGCCUGUUCAGCAGGGUUGGCGCUGUGACAUUACCAGGCUGUCAGAAAGAGAUAUCUGUAAUUUCCAUCGCUUGCCUCAGGCUCAGAGACAUGUAUCCUUCUGACCUGAAAUCAGUUUUGAUAAGAUUAGAAAAGAUUAUUUUUUGGGAUCCAAAUGAAAAGGAUUAGAAACGCUAUACAACACAGCAUAACUAAUUAAGGGUGAAUAUUAUAAACACAGAGAUCAAGUCUAUUGAUAGGUGAUAUUCUACGAUUAGCAUAAAGGCAUUUCCCCCAUAGAGAGAUGUCAGGGAGAUGAACACCAAGAACCACCUUGCAUGCGGUCACUUCAUGUCCUUGCACAUGACCACCUGCUCAUUGCCAACUCCACCUCGUUCCUAUUGUCCUGGCCAAAUGUAUUGCACUCACCAAAACUUGCCAACAGCUCCAAUGCUGUGACCUUCAGAGCAUCCAUUGAUACAUGGAUGAGGUAGAAUCAACCAGAACACGACUGGUCUGCAAACUCGUCAGACUGUGAAAUUUAGGUCGCUGUUUUAGCGUUAUUGUACUUUAGUGGAUCAAUUCAUCCACAUCACAAAGCACUGUGCUUUCAAGGUAACAUUUGGGCACAUCCAGUCAAAUCUGCUGUGUAUUAGGAAAUCAGUUAUAUAUUUUUAAGAGUAUGAAAUACUAACACGUUGGGCAAAGAUUGAUAAUCGUUCACAAGCCCUGCCGUAAGAUGUUUACAUUUACGAAAACACGGGAAAAUGCAAUACUGACCGUCCAUAUUUUACACAGAGAAUGAUUUCUUCCAUUCCUGCUUGUCCCCUGCACUUUGUCCUCCUUGGUGCUGUCCUGAGGUGAGCAGGGGGAAACGGUUAACUGACAGAUAGAAAGAAGACGGAUAGAACCCUGCGCUCAUGUUGAAUGAAUGACGGGUGCUGCUGUGUCACGGAGGACGUAUUCAAAGUGCAGACCGCGUGAUCGGUUUCAACCAAUGGCCACACGCGUCGGAAUGAAAGAAGAUGUGACGACGUUCCAGGUGUGUGUGGGCAGACGCCACCAGUGUCGAUGUGACUUUUUACUUGCGGCCCACUCGGCUCGAGGGACCUCCUCUGCUGUUUGAAGCGUCCCCCCCCCUCCUCUCUCUCCUCUGUCCUCUCUCCUCUGCUCGUUACUCUUCAAACAAACUAAAACGACACAGAUUAACCCUCUCUUUCCACCUGCUCGAGUCCGGUCUCUACUGGUCCUCCCCAGUCUGGUGCGGUCCGAUCCAGGCGUCCCAUUUUUAGAGACUCGCUGGUCUGCUGACCGGAUCUCUUAGUUAUUCACAGAGUUGUUUGGCAUGCAUGAGUGCUUCUAUAGGUUUCUUAGCAUGCUGCUUUUUGUUGGGCACACCGCACCUGAUCUUACACAAGAGACUGAGCGGUGGCCACGCUGAACUGCUGAAAUCUAGACUCAGUGACGUGACGUCCAAGCAACUCGGCCCAAGGACAGUUUAGAGAACAAAAUGUGUGAGAGGCUUGUUGCAUCCUUGCCUGCCCACGGAUCAAUCCUUCUGCAGUAGUUGUUCUGGUCUUGGUUGCAUGGUGCUUAUGGGUCUAAAAGACACCGUCUGAGAGUGAAUGAUUCCCCUUUACAGAAACCAGCAAAAGCCUCCAAAAAUCCCAAUCUCGUGCAAAUGUCUGUCGGUGAAUUUCCCAUAAUACAAACCCUGCACCUCCAGUUUGUAACUACGGCUUUCAGAUACUUAAAUAUUCAAUAUUCAAGUACUACAAGAAGGAAAAUGAACCGAGUGCCUCAUGAGAUUACUUGCCUUGAUGACGACAUGUCACUGAGUCUAACUGAAAGCCAAUGAACUGUCUUCAAGUUUUAAAAAGCUCCGCCUUCUCAAACAGGGCAGCGAUCUUGUGCCAUAUCAUUCCAGAGACUAAUCGUUUCAUAGCGCAAAACCUACAAAACACAAAGAAACAUGAGCCAACUCUAAGUGUCCCCCUGCUGAACUAGAAAAGACCAUUAUGGAAUCACACACACACUUUCCCCUGUGUUGCCAUGUCAUGCAUCGAAGAUGUUGGACUAGAAAAAAGAGACCUUUUUUCAAAUGGAAAGGACACAGAAUUGAAAUGAAGGGUUUGUGAUUCUAACACACGGUGAAGUUUCAUGUGUCAUUUUGUAAAAAUGUGAGACGAAAUUGGAGUGAUCCAAUGCAUUCUGCAUUCUGUUACAACAUGUAUGAUUUAUGGAAAGGCGAUUUGACCUGCUUUUUGAAGUGAUAAAAAGUAAAAUAAUGGGUGGAUUUUAAAAGCUUGUCAACAAAACAGAAUGUGAUUCCCGCUCCCAGGCUGGGUGUGUCCACGAUGCAGCAGAUGCUUUGACUCCCGCUGUGUUUUGUGUCCUGGUGAAAACCGUCUGGGCUGCAGUAGGUACCAUGCUGUGAAAAAUAAUGUAGCCUUGAUGCAGAGUUGGAUCCAAUGAGACACAUAUGCACAGGAAGAUUGAAUCCAUGGUAAACAUGCAUGUUUACAUGUCCGUCCUCCGAGCUGUUGGUGAUGGGUUGAAGAGUGCACAAGUAGCAUUCCUCUGAUGACUGUUGUGUGAUCUUAAUUUGUUGUACUGCAGUUUGUUGCUUUAGGGGAAAUAAAUCACAUCAAGAGAUUUGGUAAACUGACAGAAGGCACAGUAAUAAACAUUAACGUGUAUUUUUGCUACAAGACAGCAGUUUGACUAUCACCCAUAUUUAAUGUGGGAGUGAUGAUUCUGGUAAAACUGAAGGCUCAAUUGACCGUACACUAAGCCCCGCCCCCUUUGGUUAGUGUCGCAAGUUGUAUUUAUAUUCUAAGUAAGCUAACAUUAGCUCAACGACUUGAUUAAAAAUGAAUUCUGCACCUUACUUUGUUAUAUGUGCCGGCUGACUUUUAAAUGUUUUAAAAUGUCUCCUAAAUAUGCCCUUGAUGACUGAAGUUAAAGCUUUCAUGUCCAAACGUAUGGCAAAACUGAGCUUUGUAGAUGAGGCAAAAAUCUAUAUCAAAACAGUAUCGUUCUUGUAUUGCAGUGCAGGAAAAAGUAGUGUUAUAACCUCAGUAGAGGUAGGUUAUUACUGCCCUUUUGCUCUUGUGGAAUGUUUUUUUUUAAAGAAUCAAAUGAUUUAGUGAACGGUCAAUUGUACAAUUUCUAUUAAAUUUAAAUUUGACACACAAAACACAGCCCCACUCACCCGCACGGAUCAGGUUUUAAUUCUCUAAUACCAUGUGAAGACAGCUUUCGGCGGACAAGAGGAGAGACAAAGUAUUUUUUUCUGUGAAACAAAAGAACUGUUGAGCAAAAGCAAAACAUGAUAUUUUACCCUAUUUUUGCUUCGACUUGCUUCUGGUCCUUUGAGUUGUGCAGGAUCUUUACAAAAAGAGACAAGGAUGCAAGGGAGAGGAAAUGCAUCUCUGAAGGAACCCUUUUCUUGCAUUGGAGAGGGAAGUACAAGUACGCUCCUCCUGUACAUGCUCACUGAGCAACUCAUAACUAUGUGCCAUAUUUUAUCUUGCAACGAGUACAAGAGAAAAACUGUAACAUACGAAACUAUGAUAAUGAUGACAACGUUAUUUUGAUUUCUCUUCCUCUUCAUUUGUGAAUCACGUUGUGCAUAUAAGAAUCUUUGUUGAACAAAAGUCACGGCUGCUAGUGUCAUUAGAGUGCUGAUGCUGCAGUCUGUUAUUAUGUGGGUGUAUGAAUAUGUAUGUGAGAAAUAAGAACCAUUUGAUCAACUGUUACAGGUACUUUAUAUAAAAACAUUUACAAGCA